UUCUAUUUACGGUUCAUUUUGCUAUCCAAAGUGAGUGAGCAACAUCAAGAAUUCUUCAUUUGAUUGACCUAAGCUUCUGACUCAAAUGCAAAUUAAAUGGAUUCAUUCAUUGAUUCCAGUUAGUUAUUAACAGUUGAAGAAGCAGUUAACAGUUGUAUCUACUAUGGUUUGGUGAUGUCUCAAGGCUAUUACUCAGAGUCAUACCCUUCUUCUUCUUCUGAUUCUGGAUCUGAUAUUUCAGAUGCUGCUGCUGCUUCAGCUGAACUGAAGCUCUAUCGAGCAUUCAUUUUCUCAGCACCAAUAUUCUUCACUUUCAUUCUUCUCUUCCUCUUUUAUGUCUUCUAUCUUCGACCCAGAAGGGUUGAUUGGUCCUCCCUUAGGAUGAGACCCUUUGCUUUUGCUCAUGACUUCAACACCAACACCAUCUCCACGUGGGAUAUUGGGUUGAAGAAAGAAUUGAGAGAGAUGCUGCCUAUUAUUGUGUAUAAGGAAAGCUUCUCUGUCAAAGAUACCCAAUGCUCAGUGUGCCUUUUGGACUACCAAGCAGAGGAUAAGCUUCAACAGAUACCUGCAUGUGGCCAUACAUUUCACAUGAGCUGCAUUGAUCUUUGGCUGUCCAGCCACAGCACCUGCCCUCUCUGCCGCUUGUCCCUAUUAGCAUCGGCUAAAUCUUCAACGGAGCCAUCCCACACACAGGUUGAUGGGCCACAGAGCAAUGAGGAAACACAGACCAUAGAAUCAUCAGAGUUGAGAGCUACUAGUCAUGUAGAAACCACUGUUUCCCAGAAUGUCUCAGGAGAGGUUGCAAUUGCCGCUCACUGCAUCGAUGUUGAAGGACAACAUGGACAAAACAAUCAGUAGAAGGAUGAAGAUAUCAGAGAUUCCUAAGAUCAAUGGCCCUUUAAACUUAGCAAUCUACAUGCUAGUGACAGCGUAUUGCCGUAUUCCUUCCAACUUAUCUAUCGGCAUGUGUACAGCAUCCUCCGAUAAGUACAGCAACAAAUGUAUUCACACAGUGACACAGCUUUGAGAGAAAAUUUUAAUUGGCACAAUUAUUGUAACUUAUUGAAUACUGAAUGAAUAUUGAAAAUAUUCUUUCGAAAGGAGAAUUGUAUAUCUUAAAAGAUGAGCUUGGAUUCGUUUAUCUUGAUUCAAGAAAACAGUCCUAAACUCAUUUAGGGAAUGUUUGGUCAAAUAUAACUUAUGAUUAAGUGUAUUAUUAA